UCAUUUGUUUUUGAGAGCGACUUCAUGAAGACGUUUUACUCUUGUCGGUGUUUCUACACGAAGAAUAUUUUUCUGAAACAGUUUGGUAUCCACAUUCAAUAUGAAAACAAGAAACAGUUCAUUUCUCAGUUUGAAAAGGUUCUUAGAGAUAAAGGUUGCGACACUGAGCAGCAGCUUGAGGAUGUCGUCACACAGAUCCAAGAGGAGAUUGACAGGAGGAGAGGCCUGGGAAGAGCCUCGCUGGCAAGACGGACAGUGAUAUCUGCAACAUACCGACCUCUUCAUGCAGAUAUAUACAAACUGAAGGAGGAGUACCUGGCACCAGAGUUCCUGGAUCUUGUGGCGCUGUGCAAGACUAAGGGUGUCACAGCAGAUGUUGUUAGGAAGAGGCUGCACACUCAGGAUGGGAAUCGGAUGUACAUGUUCCAAGUGUUCCAACAGGGCUUCUGUGAUCUGUUCUUGGAGGAACUGGAACACUUUGAGAACAGUGACUGUCCUAAAGGUCGGCCAAACACCAUGAACAAAUACGGGAUUUUACUGAAUGAGUUGGGUUUUGACGAGGACUUCAUCAAUCCCUUGAGAGAAAACUAUCUGACCCCAAUCACAUCCAUCCUAUUCCCAGACUGGGGCGGUAACGACCUUGACUCCCACAAGGCCUUCAUUGUGACCUACAAACUAGGGGAUGACCUUGACCUCAGCUAUCACUAUGACAACGCAGAAAUUACAUUGAAUGUAGCUCUCGGGAAAGUGUUUGAUGGAGGGACUCUGUAUUUUGGUGAUAUGAGAACGGAGAGACGUACAGAGACAUACAGUCGGUACGACCAUGAGCCUCUGUUUGGACUUCUUCAUAGGGGGCAGCAUCUUCAUGGAGCAAUGCCUAUCGAGGAUGGGGAAAGGUAUAACUUGAUCAUUUGGAUGCGGUCCUCGCGGGUUCGGAACCAGAGAUGUCCAAUGUGUGAUGAUGAACCAGAUUUGGUGGAGGCUGUGGGCUUUGGGGAUGGUUUUACCAGAGAGGAGCCUGUGGUUGAUGUGUGCACAGCUUCAUAGAGAUUCACUUACCCGGUACAAGGAAUGUGAUCAUGUGAUGUUACUGAUUGGCCUAGACCCGUGAAGAUUCCGGGGUAGGAUAGGUCCUCAGCAACCCAUGCUUGCCCUAAAAGGUGACUCUGCUUGUCGUAAAAGGCG